AUGGCCGGUUUGAAAGACGUCGUUACUCGUGAAUACACCAUCAACAUGCACAAAAGAUUGCACGGUGUUUCCUUCAAGAAGAGAGCCCCAAAGGCUGUGAAGGAAAUUAAGAAGUUCGCCAAGUUGCACAUGGGUACCGACGAUGUCAGAUUAGACCCAAAGUUGAACCAAGAGAUCUGGAAGAGAGGUAUCAAGGGUGUUCCAUUCAGAUUGAGAUUGAGAAUCUCUAGAAGAAGAAACGAAGAAGAAGACGCCAAGAACCCAUUGUUCUCCUACGUCGAACCAGUCGUCGUUGCCUCCGCUAAGGGUUUGCACACCGUUGUCGUUGACGAAGACGAAGCUUAA